AUGUUCAAGAAUCUACGGGAAAGGUUCUGCUGUGGCAAGCCAGAUACAGCCAACGACGAUGAACAACCUUCUCACCCUGUGGAAGUUCCCCACAAGGCAAGCAACCAGGUGCAGACUACAGCAACACCGCCAAAGUUGAAACCCAAGACUGCCAUCGUUGAGAAGCCUGUGAAACGAGACCUCUGGAAAGAAGCUUUCGAAAGCUUGCCCGACGACCGCAAGCGGUACUUGAUAGUGAAGGAGGGAUCUUCUACAGUAGAUGUGAUCGACGAUGUGAUCAGCACCACAGAGCAGAAAUACAAAGAAUGGAAGGAAGGGGGGCUUAGGAUUCGCAGGCAGGAUGGGAAGGAUUUCAACGUUCGUGAUUCAGCGGAGAAAAUUCUCAAUUAUGCGUUUCAGGCCAAAGACCUUAUCAAAACGGCAGUUUCCUUCGAUCCUACCGGACAUGCAUCUGCUGCAUGGUCGAUUGUUUCAUUGGGAUUGACAAUGAUCCAAAAUGACAUUCAACGUCGAGACGCUGUUUUCGCAGCAUCGGAGUACCUCGCCGAUACUCUCAAUUAUUAUACCUGCAUUGAUAUGCAUCACCGGGACCAAAACGGCGAUAGCGAUCAGAACCUUGAGAAUGCGCUUCUUGGGGUCUAUUCAGCACUUCUAAACUAUUCUGCCGAAGUGAACAAGGUGCGGGAGCAAAACGCUGUCGUUCGUGUAGGCAUGAGCAUCAAUGCAAUUGCCGACCAGCCGCUGGAACAACUCAAAGCGAAUAUCAAGGAGAAAGGUCAGGGAGCAGAUAGAUGGGUACACCUGAGCGAUAGGAUCCACAAUCGAAAACAAGCGGAGGGUAUUCUCGCCAAGAUCGACCAGUCUAUUUUGGUCAACAAGAACAUCGAGUCUAAAGUGUUGACUGCGGAAGAGGAGAGGAUCCUGGAAUGGGUCUCCACGGCAGAUUAUUCCAGAAUCCAGAAAGAAACGCAGGAAUUCAGAAGCCCUGAUACUAAUAACUGGUUUCUUACUUCCAACCAAUAUCACAACUGGAAGGCUUCACCAGGACACAUCCUAUGGCUUUGUGGGAUAGUGGGCUGUGGAAAAUCCGUUCUCUGUUCUACCGUCAUAAAAGACAUUACAAGCCUUUGUGAGGAAGACUCAAACAAGUCUUUUGCAUACUGGUAUUUUCAGUUUAGCAAUGAAAAGACACGGAGCGUAGAAAACUUGGUCAGGUCUUUGAUCCGACAGUUCAGCCGGAAGCCGCUGGCACAGUCAGUAACCAGGAUGUGGGAAAGACAUAGCGGGCGGGGAAGUCAGCCCGAUCGGGAGGAAUUAUGGGAUACCCUUGAUGAUGUGCUUUCAAAGGCUCCUGGUGAAUUAUUUCUAGUGCUGGAUGCAUUGGAUGAGUGUCCUGAGCGGUCGGGGCGCAGCGAGAGAAAGGUACUACUAUCACUCCUGGCAGGUCUUAACGAGAGUCAUAAAAAUAAGCUUCACAUUCUUGCAACGAGUAGGCCAGAGCAAGAUAUUCGUGCAACACUGGAGAGAUGUCCCACCGUUGAUUUGGAAGCCCAGCUAGCAGAGGACGUCGAAACAUUUGUCCACGCUGAGGUUAGCAAUGGCCGUCUACGAGAUUUCAAGGAGGAUAUAAAAGCUCGAGUCCUUGAUCAGUUGUUGCGCACCCAGGACCGGCGUUUCCGCUGGGCUGACCUACAACUCACUCGACUGGCAGAUUGCGCUACAGACUUGCAAAUAGAAGAUGCGCUAAAGACCAUUCCUAAAACACUUGAGGAGACGUACCGGGAAGUACUUGACAGGAUCGAGGAAAAGGAUGUAAACAUAGCACGCGAAAUCCUUCUUUACUUGUGCCUUGCUCCUGUGCCGCUGAACAUACGAACCAUCGCAGACGCGGUAUCGUUGCGAUCGCCUAAUCUCAUUGUUAAGAUCUGUACAACCGCUCUUGUCAUUGUCCGCACGGACGGUGCGAUUAGACUUGCACAUUUCUCUGUCAAAGAAUUUCUGGUAGUCUCCGAGGAUGUUGAUAUUGACCACCGAUGCCGGUUCUCAGAAACACAAGGCCACCACAACCUGGCCUUAAAGACGAUCGACCUUCUUCUUUCACAGCAUGAGAUGCUAACAGCUGAGGUCGCUAUGUCGCAAUCGUUCCUCGUCUAUGCGGCAAAGCACUGGGGCACUCAUGUUGCCGCUGCAGGGGACGUGCUAGAUAUACAAGGGAUGAUUGACCGUCUCUUCACUGAGCCUAAUACCUACUUCAAUUGGCUGCGCAUAGCUGAAGAUCCGAGAUCUUCCCGUGAUAAUAUUUGGCACAAAGUGCCUGAAGAGUGCGAGCAGCCAAUGCAUCGCGCCUCCAGCAUGGGUUUGGCCCACACUGUGGGAACAUUGUUCGACCAGGGUUCGGAUCCUCUGGAGCCUUCUAAAGGAUAUGAAUGGGAUAAUGCAUUGACUCUCGCUGCCAAAAAAGGCCAUCUUGAUAUUGUGGAAUUCCUGCUGGGCAAAGUCCUUGCAAUCGACAAGCAAUUGGUUGAGCGGGUGAUGUCCGAUAUUGAUCAUAAGAAUCAUGGAAAAGCAAAAUUGGAAGCGAUCGUGAACAUAUUGUGGGACUCGAGCCUGUUGUUUGAUGAAUCCAAGACACCCGACAAGGUUAUUGACGAGAGAAUCAUCAUGAAGAUAAUGGGCAAUCGUUAUUGUGCACUUGAGCUGAUGAGGCUCCUUCUUGAUCGGCAACAUGAGGCCUGUAUUCCUCUUAGUGAUAAUGUGCUAUACGAGGCAAUAAUGCGCCAAUCUAAAGAGAUGAUUGAAUUGCUUUUUGAGAAAUGCAAUGAGGAUAUACACAUCAGCCCUUCCCUAUUUGCUAAAUUCGAUGCCAUAUUUUCCUACAGACGCUUUCCAAAAUAUGGCGGAGUCGAUGUUGUUUUAAUGAACAGAAUGACUGAGCUCGCCGUGGACGACUGUAGCGUUGCAUGUUGGGCUCGUUAUGCAAGCUCAAAAGCGAUGGAUUUGAUGUUACGGGCCCGUCCAGACAUCCGAGUGGUUGAGGAGACGCUAAUAGCAGCGGUCUCCAAUCCGUUCAGGGCAGACAUGAUUCGCUUGCUUUUCGAUAAGCGAGAGCCAGGCACGCACAUUAGCGAGAAAAUGCUUCUCGCCGCAGCAGCGAAGCAUGAAUGCCCAGAGAUCCUGAGGUUCCUGCUUGAUAACCUUGAUCCAGCUGCUCCAAUGACCCAAAGGAUGAUUCUUGCAGCAGCCGAAAAAGCUUUGGGCGAUUAUGGCUUUAGAUACUUCGUUGAGCCUGGCAAAGUUCUUGUUCUUGAAAUCCUGAUGGAGGAACUUAGCCCAAAUACUCCGUUGACCGAGAAGGUAAGCGAAGGUCUCGUCAUGAUGUCCUCAGCGAUGGUAAGGCUGGUUCUAGAUAGACAGCAGGCGGGCUUCGUCGUAUCCGAGAAAAUGCUGGAGAUAGCCGCCGCUUCACGGAAAGAUGAUCCGGUAGAAUUGCUGCAACUGCUCAUGGCCAACAGCGGCGCAGAGAUUCCAAUAACCGAGGCUAUUCUAUGCGCAGCAGCCGGGAAUCGAUUCCGUGGUGCCGUCGUCAUGGAGUAUUUAUUUCAGAUGCAGGAACAUUCCCUUCCCAUCACGGAGAAUGUCCUCGUCACAGCAGCAAGAAAUUCACGGGCACUUAAAAUAAUUCUGAACAAAUUUCCAGACACAAGAAUAACCGACAGAGUGUUUGUAGCGGCAUGCCAUCAAAAGGACGCCAUGCUGAUGCUUCUUUCGAGACCUUGCCAUGGUUUGCCAAUCAAAGCUAUCCUGACCGAGAUUGUACAUGGUUAUUCUUUCACACUUGGAGUGUUGAAGUUACUAGUUGAUCGACAUCUGGUGGAUGUUGAUGCACGGGCGGUGGAAACGUUUGCCUCCAGCUCUACACAUCUAGAGUUUCUGCUGAGUAAAAAGCCAGAUGUCCUCAUCACGCAGCAAGCUCUUGUACGGGCAGCAACAGACCCUAAUUCAAUGCGCCUCCUACUAAAAGCAGAAAAGAACCAUGACCUUGUUACAGAGGAGGUAAUGAUGGCUGCAGCACAGUCCAAAGGCAGCGGCGUAGAGACAAUGAGAUCCAUCUUGCACCGUGUGGAAUCUGCGCCACUCACAGCAAAUGUACUUAGAGAGGCUAUGUGUCAGGGGAACAAAGGCGCAGUAGAGCUUAUUCUCGCUAAACGUCGAGACCUGGACCUUAAAGUAAUUUGGGAGGAGAUCUGGCACGAUGUCGAUAUGGAUAUGCCAUCUCUGCGGAAGAAAGGAUAUGCGACCGCGAUUGUUGGAGAACUUACAGACUUCGAAUUGACACAGUCUAUUUUGCAGGACUAUCCAUAUGAUAGGGAACAGAAAGAUGAAAUGGGCUUUGACGCCUUUGACUAUCUGGUUCGCGCGCUUUGCUACUGUGGAGCACCGAUUCCCCCGACCGAAGGAGUGGGAGUGAUUGUCUUAGAGAGAUGUCACGAUAAAGUUGCUGAGAGAUUUCUGCAUUACUGCCGGGGUAUUCCGAUCACGGACACGCUGUUUCAAGCCGUGGAGCGGAAUCCCAAGGCGGAUAAAGACGCUUUGCGAUCACUGCUCGCUCGCAAGAAGGGCUCAGCGUGA